AUGCAGGAGGUAGUGGAUACAUGCUCUUUCGCCUCUGCGGCUUCUGUCUGCCGGACCAAGCACCUGCACCUGCGCUGCCGCGUGGACUUUACUCGGCAGACGCUGACCGGGACCGUCGCCCUUACUGUCGAGUCUCAGGAGGACAAUCUGCGCAGCCUGACUUUGGAUACAAAGGACCUUACAAUAGAAAAAGUGGUGAUCAACGGACAAGAAGUCAAAUAUGCUCUUGGAGAAAGACAAAGUUACAAAGGAUCACCAAUGGAAAUCUUUCUCCCUAUUCCUCUGAGCAACAACUCUUCAGUGGCCAUCCACUGCAGAGCAAUUCUUCCUUGCCAGGACACACCUUCUGUGAAAUUAACCUACAGUGCAGAGGUAAAUCAUCCCACGACCAAAGAAUACCUGGGAUGGUGCUGUAGUGUGCUGUGCUCAGAGGCACAAACCCCCAGAAUUUUGGACUCUUCUCCACCACUUAAUAACUGUGUGACCUUGGGCAGGCCCUAUAAGCUCACAAUCACAGUUGUCUCAUCUAUUCCUAUACCCAGCUACUUGAUUGCUUUGGUUGUCGGAGCUUUAGAGAGCAGGCAAAUUGGGCCAAGAACAUUGGUGUGGUCUGAGAAAGAGCAGGUGGAAAAGUCUGCUUAUGAAUUUUCUGAGACUGAAUCUAUGCUUCAAAUUGCAGAAGAUCUGGGAGGACCGUAUGUAUGGGGGCAGUAUGACCUAUUGGUCCUGCCACCCUCCUUCCCUUAUGGCGGCAUGGAGAAUCCUUGCCUUACUUUUGUAACUCCUACUCUACUGGCAGGUGACAAGUCACUCUCCAAUGUAAUUGCACAUGAAAUAUCUCAUAGUUGGACAGGAAAUCUAGUGACCAACAAAACUUGGGAUCACUUUUGGUUAAAUGAAGGACAUACUGUAUACUUGGAACGACAUAUUUGUGGACGAUUGUUUGGUGAAAAGUUCAGGCAUUUUCAUGCUCUGGGAGGAUGGGGAGAACUACAGAAUACGAUAAAGACUUUUGGGGAUACACAUCCUUUCACCAAACUUGUGGUUGAUCUGAAGGAUGUAGACCCUGAUGUAGCAUAUUCGUCAGUUCCCUAUGAGAAAGGCUUUGCUUUACUCUUUUACCUUGAACAACUUCUUGGAGGACCAGAGGUUUUCCUGGGAUUCUUAAAAGCUUAUGUUAAGAAAUUUUCUUACAAGAGUAUAACCACUGAUGACUGGAAGGAUUUCCUCCAUUCUCACUUUAGAGAUAAGGUUGAUAUUCUCAAUCAAGUUGAUUGGAAUACCUGGCUGUACUCUCCUGGACUGCCUCCUGUGACACCCAAUUAUGAUAAGACUCUGACAAAUGCUUGUAUUGCCUUAAGUCAAAGAUGGAUUACUGUGAGUAGUGAUGUGUGUAACUCACAGAUUAAAUUAUCCCUUUGCUUAUCCAGCUCCUUUCUUCCAAGGAAUCCCGUUGAAAUGAUACAUUUUGCUUCUUUAUUUUGCUCUUAGGCACCUCUUCCAUUGGGGCACGUAAAGCGAAUGCAAGAGGUGUACAACUUCAAUGCCAUUAACAAUUCUGAAAUACGAUUCAGAUGGUUACGGCUCUGCAUUCAGUCGAAGUGGGAGGAAGCAAUUCCACUGGCUUUGAAAAUGGCAACUGAGCAAGGAAGAAUGAAGUUUACACGACCCUUGUUUAAGGAUCUUGCUGCCUUUGACAAAUCCCAUGAUCUAGCUGUCUGUGCCUACCAGCAACACAGAGCCAGUAUGCAUCCCGUGACAGCCAUGCUGGUGGGGAAAGACUUAAAAGUGGAUUAG